GCGAGAAUGAAAAGAAGUUUGCGCGGUUCUAUAUACGCGUUCUGACCACCGAUCGUCGUUCUCCGAGCUUGUUUCUCUCUCCCCGGCUCGCAUCGUCCCCCCACUCGUUCUUUCCCCCAACGCGCCAUGUCGCUCUCGUCGCUCGCUGAUGCGUUCGCCCCGUUCGUUAGGGAGAUCCAGUCGACCCGGUACGCGGAACUCGCGUCAAGUACUAUCGUAAUAUACGACCAUUUGAUCACAUUGGACCAGGAGAUAGACCUAAUAUGGAAGGCUUCAUGGACACCCGGAAAAGUAUUGUUCUUAACGAACCGCUAUUACGUUCUUGCAAGUGUAAUAUUCAACAACUACGUUCUUUUCACCACACAUCUCUCCGACUCGUUCAGUGUUAAAUGGUUUCGAUGGCAAGGGACGACGGGCUUGCUAGUGUCCAUGAUCGCCGAAAUCAUCCUCCAACUGCGAUUAUACGCGCUGUACCACCUCAACCGACGCGUGCUCGUGCUCAUGUGCGGGGCGUUCCUGGUCUCAGCAGGCACAGCGGCCGUGAUCAUGGGCAUGGUGCUCGCGCGCAUAUCAGCGCACUCGGGCCUGAUCCCGGGCCUGCCGUUCUGCAUCCCGGUGAACGUGCCCUCGUGGUUCUACACGUUCUGGAUCCCGACGCUCGGCUUCGAGAGCCUGCUCUGCGCGCUCGCGUUGUUCCGCGCGUUCAGGGACUUUCGCAGCCGCACGAGCCUCUUCCAGAGCGGGCGGCACAUCGUGAAGAUAUUGAUCCGGGACUCGGUGAUUUAUUACCUCAUUAUGUUCGCGACGUACUUUACCAACCUCGUCAUAUUCCUCACUGGCAACGUCGGCGUGCUCGAGUCCGGGAUCGGGUUCGCGGUGACGAUGUCGUGCGUGAUGGGCAGCCGGCUGUGCCUGAACAUCCGCGACGUGCACCACGAGCUGGAGGCGUCGACCGCGUCGCAGCAGCAGCACCUCACGCAGCCGUCGUUCGUGUCCGGCGGGCGGAGUGCGUACGGGACGGCGAGCCGCGGGACGAAUAUCGUGGUUUCGAGCACGUAUGCGCUGACGGAGUUUGAGCUCGUGGAGUUGCGGAAUUUGCGGGCGCAGGGGAAGGUGUAGGGUGGGUGGGUGUCGUUGUCCCUCGCUGCUGUAUAACAUCGUUCUGUUUCUCGUGUAUACGUACUCCGGUUAGGAAAAAUAUAUUUAGAGCACGCGCGCGUCAACACCAUUCCCUUAUGCGGCGCCG